GAAAAAAGGAAGAAAAUGCAGAGUUUGAACCUCUUUACUGCUACACCAAGACUUAGCGAGGAUAAAGUCAAGCAGUGUGUUGAUCCGAAACUUGGAGCAGAAUAUCCACCCAAAGCAAUUGCUAAGAUGGCUGCUGUUGCUGCGUUGUGUGUUCAAUAUGAAGCUGAUUUUAGACCAAACAUGAGCAUUGUAGUCAAAGCUCUUCAACCUUUGUUGACGGCACGACAGGGACCUCCUGGUGAAACACCAAAUUAAUCUCUGUCUCUGUCUCUGCCUCUCUCUCUCUCUGAGUAUGUGCGCGAGUGUCAUGCAAAAAUUAUAAGAGAUUGCUACAGGAGGCGAUGGUAAAUUGUUCGAACAUGAUUUGUGCCCAGUGUUUACAUUAUAUUCAUUUUGUUCAUAAUUCAUGAGGUUCUUUUUAACGUUUCCACGUUUCAUCUAUUCUUUUUAGUGUUACUUGAUUUCUUGUUUUACA